AUGCGGUUGUCCGGAUCCUCUCUGGGUAGGUGGUUUCUGUUGACAUUCCCUUCAUUUUUCAGUCUUGGAAUUUGUAGGAAGAACAGUCCAACCAAAGAGGAAUUGGAGAGUGCUAGUUUUAAGAUGUGGUUCGUCGGCCAUGGAUUCAGUGAUGCGAAUCUUGCUUCUCAGAGAAACGCAACGCCUGAUACAGAAAUUAUUACGAGGGUGACGGGGCCUGACGUUGGGUAUCUCGCAACUUCGAUCAUUCUGGUUCAGUGUGCGUUGAUCACUUUGGAACGACGGGGAGAUCUUCCGAAAGGCGGCAUCUUAACUCCUGGAAUCGUUUUUGGGCCCACUCAUCUUCAAGAUCGACUACAGGAGAAUGGUGUUUCCUUUGAUUUGAUUUCAAAGACUCAGCUCUAUACUUGA